GACAUCAUCACAAAGAUGCAAGAUGACAAAACAGGGGGGGUGCCCAUCAGAACAGUCAAGAGCUUUCUCUCCAAAAUCCCCAGUGUCGUCACAGGUACUGACAUUGUGCAGUGGCUGAUGAAGAACCUGUCCAUCGAAGACCCAGUUGAAGCAAUACACCUGGGAAGCCUUAUAGCUGCCCAGGGCUACAUCUUUCCCAUCUCAGACCACGUUCUCACCGUGAAGGAGGACGGCACCUUUUAUCGCUUCCAGGCUCCAUACUUCUGGCCAUCAAACUGCUGGGAGCCCGAAAACACAGACUAUGCCAUCUAUCUCUGUAAGAGGACAAUGCAGAAUAAAGCACGGCUGGAACUGGCAGACUAUGAAGCAGAAAACUUAGCAAGACUCCAGAGGGCCUUCGCAAGGAAGUGGGAAUUCAUCUUUAUGCAAGCAGAGGCACAAGUGAAGAUUGAUCGGAAAAAGGACAAGACAGAAAGGAAAAUUCUGGAUAGUCAAGAGCGGGCCUUUUGGGAUGUCCACAGGCCAGUGCCAGGCUGUGUGAACACCACAGAAAUGGAUAUCAGAAAGUGUCGACGUUUGAAGAACCCACAAAAGGUUAAAAAGUCGGUGUAUGGCGUGACAGACGAGUCCCAGUCGCAGAGCCCUGUGCACAUACCCAGUCAGCCAAUCAGGAAAACUACAAAAGAGGACAUCCGGAAACAGAUAACGUUUUUGAAUGCACAGAUUGACAGACAUUGUUUAAAAAUGUCAAAAGUGGCUGAAAGCUUAAUUGCUUACACGGAACAGUAUGUGGAAUAUGAUCCUUUGAUAACGCCAGCCGAGCCGUCCAAUCCCUGGAUCAGUGACGAUAUGGCUUUGUGGGACAUAGAGAUGAGCAAAGAGCCCAGCCAGCAGCGAGUAAAGAGAUGGGGCUUCUCUUUCGACGAGAUGCUGAAGGACCAAGCUGGGCGGGACCAGUUUCUACGCUUCCUGGAGUCCGAAUUCAGUUCAGAAAACCUCAGGUUCUGGUUGGCCGUCCAAGACCUCAAGAAACAACCCCUACAGGAUGUGGCCAAGAGGGUGGAAGAAAUCUGGCAAGAGUUUCUGUCUCCAGGGGCCCCAAGUGCAAUCAACCUGGAUUCUCAUAGCUAUGAAAUAACCAGUCAAAACGUCAAAGAUGGAGGAAGAUACACAUAUGAAGAUGCCCAGGAGCACAUCUACAAGCUGAUGAAGAGUGACAGCUACGCUCGCUUCCUCCGGUCAAACGCUUACCAGGACUUGCUGCUGGCCAAGAAGAAGCCAGAAAGUGAGCAAGGUCGUAGAACUUCCUUAGAAAAGUUCACUCGCAGCGUGGUAAGUUCAGCUGGUUUCAUUCCCUCGCGUCCCUUUGGUUUUCUCAGUUCUUUUAUGUCGUCCUUUCCCUCGGGAUGGGAGGGAGUCCAGUGCUUUCCCCCUCAACACACCCCUUUUUUUUUGCAAGUGUCUGCAGCUUCACUUCCAGGGAUGGAUUUGCAAAAGACCAAGAGGCUGCCUCUGCAGAAGGUGCACCGCCAGCCUCCAGCUGCGCCUUUGACCUUCGGCAGGGCUCUGAGGAGGAAGGACCCGCCCGCAGCCCUGGGGGCUGUGCGGUUUGUGCAUCUUCUGCAGCAGCCCGGGGAGAAGGCCAUCGAAAUCUCUCAUGAAAUAAAUUGGCUCAGAACCGUAGCUCAGCUAAAAAAAAAAAUUCCAAAUUUCCCUCGGUGAACUCUGGCAGUCACAUGGGAACGGGUUGCAAGCCAAUGCUGCUGUGUAGGCAGCUUUCGCGUGUG